GUACCUGGCGGUGGUGCACCCGUUCCGUCUGAUGACCCUCCGAACCCGCUCUAAGACCAUCUGGAUCAACCUGUUUGUGUGGGUGGUGUCAUUUGUCAUGGUCCUUCCCGUCUGGGUCCACUCCAAAGUCAUCCGCUUCCCUGAUGGACUGGAGAGCUGCUCCAUGAACCUGGUCACUCCCAAAGAGGUGCUCUGGUAAGGUCACAACCCUGACAUAACAUCAAAUCAACAUUGAAUUUUGGUGGAUAUUUAAUUGAGUUGACUAAUGUGAUUUCAACAUGGGGUAAACCAUUCCAUGAAAUCAUGUUGUUGGUUUGCACUUGAAAUAAAUAUUCAGUGUUGAAAGAAAUACGAAAUAUGAUGUUAAUAGAACUUGGAGUCAAUGUAUUUUUGUCUGGUGGGGUCAGAGGUCAGAUGAGUCAUGCUGGUCUAUAUCAUGAUCCUCUGCUCCAAUGCCUUAUUUAACCACCCCUCCCCCCAACUAGCUUUAUAAAUAGGAACGCAAUCACAGACUAUGGGCUACAUCAGGUCAGCCAAAGUCCAAAACUUUCCAUACUAAUGAGAAGACAAACCAUACACAUGUUAUUGGCUGGGGAAUUUACUGGACUCCUGCAGAAACUGUUAAUAGAAAUCCAAAAGUCAAUUUAAUUGGUAAAGAGGCCUUUUAGGGUAUCAGGCAGAAAAACCACCGGAGGAACCUGAUCUCAGAAAUAGAGCCGCUUUCAAGCAUAGUAUUACUCAGUGGUAGAACAAUUAACACCUGCUACUUGAGUGCUUCGUUACUCACACCCUUCACUGUAAUUACUGUAAUCCUGAAGACUGAAUAACAUUGUGAAUACACUUUUAACAGCGUGAAAAAGUGUUUAGCUACAGUUCCUACAUUCUAUCUAAUGAUCAAAUGUAUUCAUAGAAGUGGGACAUCCCACUGGGCACAGAUGUGAGUUCAACGUCUAGUUUUGAUUGACAUUUGGUUGAGUUGUCAACUAACGUGAAUUCAAUGUGAAAUCUACAAAAAAUGUAACCAUGUCAUUGGGUUUAGGUUAAAAGUGGGGUGAAAAAAUUAUGAAAUGCCCUUACGUUGACUUUGCAAAUCCAAUUAGUUUUCCACGUUGAUUCAGCAUUCAUCACAUAGAUUGUUUGGGUUGAAAUUAUAUGGAAACAACAUUGAUUCAACCAGUUUUCGCCCAGUUGGAUGCUACUGUAGCUACUGCAAGCUGAUACACAUGUUCGCUCUCUCUCUCUCUCGCUCUCUCUCUUCCCCCCAGGUACACCCUCUAUCAGACCAUCACAUCUUUCUUUCUGCCCCUGCCCCUUAUCCUCACCUGUUACAUGCUGAUCCUGUGCUAUACCUGGAGGAUGUACCUGAAGAACAAGAGGGAACGGCGGUGAGUCAUCCCCGCUGGCAGCUGCCCAGCGGGCACACAUGGGCGUGCAUAGAGCAAGGCUGAAUAACGUCAUACCCUGGGCAGGGUGAGAUCAUAUGGUAUCUCUAGUGGCAGAGCGUGUGGUCAAAUGUGGUCGUGGUCAUCACCCGUGGCAGAGGCUAAUAGUUAAACAUAGACACACAGAGGUACUAGAUACAGUAAAUGUGAGGCACUAGAAAUAGAGAUGCUCACAGGUAUGAAAUUACAGGUUUUGGUGGGUGUUCUAAAAAUAAAUGACAUUAAAACAGUUCUAUGCUGGAGAAAAUUAAGGAACCAUGACCUCCACUCAGUAAUCUAGUCAUUAGCUAGCCUAAGGACAAGGUUAUCCACUCAGUAAACCAAAAUUAUAGAAAGAAUAAUAUCUUAACUAAUGCAGGUGGGAACUUCUUGAUUUAUGCUUCUGUGCUGGUCAUUAUUGUCACUAACCCCUGCCCCUGGUUCCUCUCCCCUCCUCAGCUUCAGUGCUAACAACCAGUCCCGGGAGCGAGCCAUCCGCCUCACCAAGAUGGUUCUUGUCCUAGUGGCGGUUUUCCUGGUGAGCGUAGGGCCCUACCACAUGCUCCAGCUGGUCAACUUAACAGUGCGGCGGCCCACGCUAGCCUACUACACCUGCUACUACCUGUCAGUGUGCCUCAGCUACGCCGCCAGCAGCAUUAACCCUUUCAUCUACAUCCUGCUCAGCGGACACUUCCGUCGCCGGCUCACUUACCGCAAGCCGGCUAGCAGGCCUAGUGUUGAGAGGGAGCCUAGUGGGCCCCAUGUCCGUACACCACACUCCAGCUUC